AUGGAAACACCUCAAACAACCUCAAAGAAUGCUCAUAUUCUUGCAAUCCCAUUCCCCUUACAAGGCCACAUAAACCCCAUACUCCAAUUCUGCAACCGCCUAUCGUCCAAAGGAGUUCGCGUCACGUUCGUCACCACCGUGUCCGUUAGCAAAACCCUCCAAACGAAACCCAGAGAUCGACACAUCGAAACCGUGCCCGAAUCCACAGCCGUCGAAGCAUCCGAAGGCCUAGACGUGUACGAAAUCUAUAUCCGAAACUUUCGAGCCGCAAUCUCAAGUGGCCUUCCGCGUAUCAUCGACAAAUAUGGCAACUCGGGCUUCCCCGUGAAGGCCGUCGUCUAUGAUUCGGUUAUUCCUUGGGUUCUCGAUAUUGCACACGAGAAAGGAGUGAAAGGGGCCGUGCUUUUCACGCAAUCUUGUACUGUUUGUGCGGUUUCCCACCACGUGCACAAGGGCAGUUUGGUCAUUUCACCGGAUGGCGGCUCCCGAGUGUCGCUGCCGGGGAUGCCUGUUAUGGGGGUGCGGGAUCUGCCGACACUUGCUUACGAUAAGGACUCUUAUCCAACUCUCGCAAGGCUUGUGGUGGAGCAGUUCUCGACCUUUGUAAAGGCCGACUGGCGAUUGUUCAACACGUUUGACAAGCUUGAGGACGAGAUACUAAAAUGGAUGGCGACCAUAUACCCAAUCCAUACAAUCGGUCCAACUGUUCCUUCCAUGUACGCAGACAAGAGAGUGCAAGGAAACUAUGACUACGGGCUCAGCCUCUUCAAGCCCAAAACCGAAUCUUGGUCCGAAUGGCUUGAUGGAAAAGAACCUCGAUCGGUAAUCUAUGUCUCGUUUGGAAGCCUAGCCGAUUUAUCCGAGACACAGAUGGAGGAAAUAGCCCGUGGACUAAUCCUUACCAAAUGCAGCUUCAUAUGGGUAGUUAGAGAGACCGAGCAACACAAGCUCCCUCAAGAUAUCAUCUCUACACCCGAGCUAAGUAAAAAUUGCCUAAUUGUGAACUGGUGCUCUCAACUAGAGAUUUUAUCUCAUCGAGCCGUUGGGUGUUUUGUCACGCACGGCGGUUGGAACUCGACCUUAGAGGCAUUGACUUUGGGGGUGCCUAUGGUGGUUGUGCCACAAUGGACCGACCAAACAACGAAUGCCAAGUUCGUAGGGGAUGUUUGGCGGGUUGGAGUUUGUUGCGAGAAAAAUAGGGAUGGGAUUGUUUCGAGAGAGCAAGUUAGGGAUUGCGUGAAUGAGGUGAUGAAAGGCGAGAGAGGGAUCGAGAUGAGAGGAAAUGUCCGGAAAUGGAAAGAUUUGGCAGUAGAGGCCGUUAAUGAAGGAGGAAGCUCGGAUAAGAACAUUGACGAAAUUGUGAUGGAACUUGUAUAA